CCGGGCGCGUCGGUGCGGCUCCGGCGGCUCCGCGGCGGCGGCUCGAGCGCCGGGCGCGUCCCGAGCCCUCCCUGCCGGGGCGCGGGGCCAGGGGAUGCGCGCGGCGCCCGCGAGCCAUGGUCCGCUUCGGGGACGAGCUGGGCGGCCGCUAUGGGGGCGCGGGCGGCGGGGAGCGGGCGCGGGGCGGCGGGGCCGGCGGGGCGGGCGGCCCGGGCCCCGGGGGGCUGCCGCCGGGCCAGCGGGUCCUCUACAAGCAGUCGAUCGCGCAGCGCGCGCGGACCAUGGCGCUCUACAACCCCAUCCCGGUCAAGCAGAACUGCUUCACCGUCAACCGCUCGCUCUUCGUCUUCAGCGAGGACAACGUCGUCCGCAAAUACGCCAAGCGCAUCACCGAGUGGCCUCCGUUCGAGUACAUGAUCCUGGCCACCAUCAUCGCCAACUGCAUCGUGUUGGCGCUGGAGCAGCACCUCCCGGAGGGCGACAAGACGCCCAUGUCCGAGCGGCUGGACGACACGGAGCCCUACUUCAUCGGUAUCUUCUGCUUUGAGGCGGGCAUCAAGAUCAUCGCACUGGGCUUUGUGUUCCACAAGGGCUCCUACCUGCGCAACGGCUGGAACGUCAUGGACUUCGUGGUGGUGCUCACAGGGAUCCUGGCCACUGCAGGCACAGACUUUGAUCUUCGAACUCUGCGGGCCGUGCGCGUGCUCCGGCCCCUGAAGCUGGUAUCUGGGAUUCCAAGUUUGCAGGUGGUACUCAAGUCCAUCAUGAAGGCCAUGGUCCCGCUGCUGCAGAUUGGCCUGCUUCUCUUCUUCGCCAUCCUCAUGUUCGCCAUCAUUGGUCUGGAGUUCUACAUGGGCAAAUUCCACCAGGCCUGUUUCGUCAAUAACACAGGUUCAGAGGUCACAGACCCAGUGGGCGACUUCCCCUGUGGCAAGGAGGCCCCCGCCCGGCAGUGUGAGGGCGACACCGAGUGCCGUGAGUACUGGCGAGGACCCAACUUCGGCAUCACCAACUUCGAUAACAUCCUGUUUGCCAUUCUGACAGUGUUCCAGUGCAUCACCAUGGAGGGCUGGACCGACAUCCUAUACAACACAAACGAUGCGGCAGGCAACACCUGGAACUGGCUCUACUUCAUCCCCCUCAUCAUCAUUGGCUCCUUCUUCAUGCUCAACCUGGUGCUGGGCGUGCUCUCGGGAGAAUUUGCGAAGGAGCGGGAGAGGGUGGAGAACCGCAGGGCAUUUCUGAAGCUCCGCCGGCAGCAGCAGAUUGAGCGGGAGCUGAACGGGUACCUGGAGUGGAUCUUCAAGGCUGAGGAAGUCAUGCUGGCAGAGGAGGACAAGAAUGCAGAAGAGAAGUCCCCUUUGGACGCAGUGCUGAAGAGAGCGGCCACCAAGAAGAGCCGCAACGACCUGAUACAUGCAGAGGAGGGCGAGGACCGUUUCGCGGACCUCAGUGCAGUCGGGUCCCCCUUCACUCGUGCCAGCCUCAAGAGCGGGAAGACGGAGAGCUCGUCAUACUUCCGUCGGAAGGAGAAGAUGUUCCGCUUCUUCAUCCGGCGCAUGGUCAAGGCUCAGAGCUUCUACUGGGUGGUGCUGUGUGUCGUGGCCCUUAACACACUGUGUGUGGCUAUGGUGCACUACCACCAGCCGCAGAGGCUAACCACUGCACUGUACUUUGCAGAGUUUGUCUUCCUGGGCCUCUUCCUCACAGAGAUGUCCCUGAAGAUGUAUGGCCUGGGGCCUCGGAGCUACUUCCGCUCGUCCUUCAAUUGCUUCGACUUCGGGGUCAUUGUGGGGAGCAUCUUUGAAGUGGUCUGGGCCGCCAUCAAGCCAGGCACCUCCUUUGGGAUCAGUGUGCUGCGAGCCCUCCGCUUGCUGAGGAUUUUUAAGGUCACAAAGUACUGGAACUCCCUGCGGAACUUGGUGGUAUCUCUGCUCAACUCCAUGAAGUCCAUCAUCAGCCUUCUCUUCCUGCUCUUCCUCUUCAUCGUGGUCUUCGCUCUGCUGGGCAUGCAGCUGUUUGGGGGGCAGUUCAACUUUAGAGAAGAGACUCCUACAACCAAUUUUGAUACCUUCCCGGCCGCCAUCCUCACUGUCUUCCAGAUCCUGACGGGGGAGGAUUGGAACGCUGUCAUGUAUCACGGGAUCGAAUCGCAGGGAGGAGUCAGCAAAGGCAUGUUCUCCUCCUUCUACUUCAUCGUCCUGACGCUGUUUGGAAACUAUACUUUACUGAAUGUCUUUCUGGCCAUCGCCGUGGACAACCUCGCCAAUGCUCAGGAGCUGACAAAGGAUGAAGAAGAGAUGGAAGAAGCAGCCAAUCAGAAGCUUGCUUUGCAGAAGGCCAAAGAAGUGGCUGAAGUCAGCCCUAUGUCUGCGGCCAACAUCUCCAUCGCUGCUUUUGUAAAGCAAACUCGAGGUACUGUAUCUCGCAGCCCAUCUGUCUCCAGCGUAAGCUCACCCAGGCAGCAGAGCUCGGCCAAGGCGCGCUCGGUGUGGGAGCAGCGGGCCAGCCAGCUGCGGCUGCAGAACCUGCGCGCCAGCUGCGAGGCGCUCUACAGUGAGAUGGACCCGGACGAGCGGCUGCGCUACGCCACCACGCGCCACCUGCGGCCAGACAUGAAGACGCACCUGGACCGGCCGCUGGUGGUGGAGCCGGGCCGCGGGCCCGCGGGCUGUAAGGCCCGGGCUGAGCCCGCCGAGCCGGCCGAGCCCGCCGAGCCGCCGCGCCGGCACCACCGGCACCGCGACAAGGACAGGCCCAUGCCGGAGCGCGCCCAGGACGGCGGCGCGAGCCCAGCUGCCCCCGGGCCCGAGGGCGCUGAGCCGGGGGUGCGCGAGGAGCGCGCACGGCCGCACCGCAGCCGCAGCAAGGAGGCGGCCGCGACCCGCGAGCCCCGCGCCGAGCGCCGCGGCCCGGGCCCGGACAGCGGCCGGCGCCACCACCGCCACGGCUCCCCCGAGCACGCGGAGCGCGAGCCGCGCCGCCACCGCGCGCACCGGCACGACCCUGCUCGCGAGCCCAAGGAUGCGGCCAAGGGCGAACGGCGCGCGCGCCACCGUGGAGCCCGGCCAGCGCCCCGGGACACCGAGGGCGCCGACGAGCCGCGGAAACACCGCGCGCGGCACCGGGCACAGGAGGAUGCUGAGAAGGACGCGGCCACCGGGGACUGCGAGCCGGAGGACAGAGACAAGGAAAAGGAGCCGCGGAACCACCAGCCCAAGGCACCUCACUACGACCUGGAGGCCGGUGGGACGCCAGGCGUGGGGUCUGUACACGCAAUGCCCAGCACCUGUCUCCAGAAGGUGGACGAGCAGCCGGAGGACGCAGACAAUCAGCGGAACGUCAGCCGCAUGGGCAGCCAGCCCUUGGAUCUGAGCACCUGUGUGCACAUCCCUGCUCCAGGGGUGGGCCCUGCUGGGGAGACCUCGGCUAUGCCCAGUGGCGUUGUGGACCUGGAAAGUCAAGCCGAGGGGAAGAAGGAAUCGGAGGCUGACGAUGCCACAAGGCGGCCCCGGCCCAUUGUCCCGCACAGCUCCAUGUUCUGUCUCAGCCCCACCAACCUGCUCCGCCGUUUCUGCCAUUACAUUGUGACCAUGCGGUACUUUGAAAUGGUCAUUCUUGUGGUCAUUGCCCUGAGCAGCAUCGCACUGGCAGCUGAGGACCCCGUGCAGACAGAUUCCUCCAGGAACAACGUCUUGAAAUAUAUGGACUACAUCUUCACAGGCGUCUUUACCUUUGAGAUGGUGAUAAAGAUGAUUGAUCUGGGACUACUGCUGCACCCUGGUGCCUAUUUCCGGGACCUGUGGAAUAUUCUGGACUUUAUUGUGGUCAGUGGGGCCCUGGUGGCCUUUGCCUUCUCAGGAUCCAAAGGGAAAGACAUCAACACCAUCAAGUCCCUGAGAGUUCUUCGUGUCUUACGGCCCCUCAAGACCAUCAAACGGCUCCCGAAGCUCAAGGCCGUGUUUGACUGUGUGGUGAACUCUCUGAAGAAUGUCCUCAAUAUCCUCAUCGUCUACAUGCUCUUCAUGUUCAUAUUUGCUGUCAUUGCUGUGCAGCUCUUCAAAGGGAAGUUCUUCUACUGCACUGAUGAAUCCAAGGAGCUGGAGAGGGACUGCAGGGGUCAGUACCUGGACUACGAGAAGGAGGAGGUAGAAGCUCAGCCCCGUCAGUGGAAGAAAUAUGACUUCCACUAUGACAAUGUCCUCUGGGCUCUGCUGACACUCUUCACUGUGUCGACGGGAGAAGGCUGGCCCAUGGUGCUAAAGCACUCAGUAGAUGCCACCUACGAGGAGCAGGGCCCGAGCCCGGGAUUUCGCAUGGAGCUCUCCAUCUUCUAUGUCGUCUACUUCGUGGUCUUCCCCUUCUUCUUCGUCAACAUCUUUGUGGCUCUGAUCAUCAUCACCUUCCAGGAGCAGGGGGACAAGGUGAUGUCUGAGUGCAGCCUGGAGAAGAACGAGAGGGCUUGCAUCGACUUUGCCAUCAGCGCCAAGCCCCUGACGCGGUACAUGCCCCAGAACAAGCAGUCCUUCCAGUACAAGACAUGGACCUUUGUAGUCUCGCCACCCUUCGAGUACUUCAUCAUGGCCAUGAUCGCCCUCAACACAGUGGUGCUGAUGAUGAAGUUCUAUGACGCACCGCACGAGUAUGAGCUCAUGCUGAAGUGUCUCAACAUCGUGUUCACCUCCAUGUUCUCCAUGGAAUGCGUGCUGAAGCUCAUCGCCUUUGGGGUGCUGAACUACUUCCGAGAUGCGUGGAAUGUCUUUGACUUUGUCACAGUGUUGGGAAGUAUUACUGAUAUUUUAGUAACAGAGAUUGCGAACAACUUCAUCAACCUCAGCUUCCUCCGCCUCUUCCGGGCCGCGCGGCUUAUCAAGCUGCUCCGGCAGGGCUACACCAUUCGCAUCCUGCUGUGGACCUUUGUCCAGUCCUUCAAGGCCCUGCCCUACGUGUGCCUGCUCAUCGCCAUGCUCUUCUUCAUCUACGCUAUCAUAGGCAUGCAGGUCUUCGGAAAUAUUGCUCUGGAUGAUGAAACCAGCAUUAAUCGGCACAACAACUUCCGGACAUUUUUGCAAGCCUUGAUGCUGCUUUUCAGGAGUGCCACUGGGGAGGCCUGGCACGAGAUCAUGCUGUCCUGUCUCAGCAACCAGGCCUGUGACGAGCACGCCAGUGCCAGUGAGUGUGGAAGUGACUUCGCCUACUUUUACUUCGUCUCCUUCAUCUUCCUUUGCUCCUUUCUGAUGUUGAACCUCUUUGUGGCUGUGAUCAUGGACAAUUUUGAGUACCUCACGCGGGACUCUUCCAUCCUAGGGCCUCAUCACCUGGACGAGUUCAUCCGGGUCUGGGCUGAGUACGACCCGGCUGCGUGUGGGCGCAUCAGUUACAAUGACAUGUUUGAGAUGCUGAAGCACAUGUCCCCGCCCCUGGGGCUGGGGAAGAAGUGCCCCGCGCGUGUUGCCUACAAGCGCCUGGUUCGCAUGAACAUGCCCAUCUCCAACGAGGACAUGACCGUCCACUUCACAUCCACACUGAUGGCCCUCAUCAGGACUGCGCUGGAGAUCAAGCUGGCUCCAGCUGGCACAAAGCAACACCAGUGUGACGCAGAAUUGAGGAAGGAGAUUUCCUCUGUGUGGGCCAAUCUGCCCCAGAAGACCCUGGAUUUACUGGUGCCACCUCAUAAACCUGAUGAGAUGACAGUGGGAAAGGUCUAUGCAGCGCUGAUGAUCUUUGAUUUCUACAAGCAGAACAAAACCACGAGAGACCAGAGUCACCAAGCUCCUGGAGGGCUGUCCCAGAUGGGCCCGGUGUCCCUGUUCCACCCUCUGAAGGCAACGCUGGAGCAGACACAGCCGGCAGUACUCCGAGGAGCCCGGGUUUUCCUGCGGCAGAAGAGCUCAGCCUCUCUCAGCAAUGGCGGGGCAGUACAGACCCAAGAGAGUGGCAUCAAAGAGUCUGUUUCCUGGGGCACCCAGAGGACCCAAGAGGUGCCCUAUGAGGCCAAGAUACCCCUGGAACGUGGCCACUCUACUGAGAUCCCGCUAGCAGAGCCAGGAAAGCCAGCUGUGGAUGUCCAGAUGCAGAGCAUGGCCCUUCGAGGCCCUGAUGGGGAACCUCACCCUGGACUAGAGAGCCAGGGCCGGGCGGCGUCAAUGCCUCGCCUGGCUGCUGAAACUCAGCCCGCCCCAGACACCAGCCCCAUGAAGCGGUCCAUCUCUACGCUGGCGCCCCAGCGCCCUCAUGUGACUCAUCUCUGCAACACCACCCUGGAGCGUGCUCCAACAGGCCAACCGGCUCCCCACCACCACCACCGCUGCCACCGCCGCAGGGACAGGAAGCAGAAGUCUCUGGAGAAGGGGCCCAGCCUGUGUGCAGAUGCCGACAGGGCACCCAGCAGCGCAGUGGGACCAGGGCCGCCCCCAGGAGAGGGCUCCACAGGCUGCCGGCGGGAGCGCAGGCAGGAGCGUGGCCGGUCCCAGGAGCGUAGGCAGCCCUCGUCCUCCUCCUCGGAGAAGCAGCGCUUCUACUCUUGUGACCGUUUUGGGGGCCGCGAGCCUCCACAGCCCAAGCCUUCCCUCAGCAGCCACCCCACGUCUCCCACAGCCGGACAGGAGCCAGGACCACCCAGACAGGGUGGUGGUUCUGUUAAUGGGAGCUCCAUGCUGCCAACUUCUGGUGCUAGCACCCCAGGCCGCAGUGGGAGGAGACAACUUCCCCAGACCCCCCUGACCCCCCGCCCCAGCAUCACCUACAAGACAGCCAACUCUUCACCCGUCCACUUCACGGGGGCUCAAAGCAGCCUACCGGCCUUCUCUCCUGGCCGGCUUAGCCGUGGCCUUUCUGAACACAAUGCCCUGCUCCAGAGAGAGCCCCUCAGCCAGCCCCUGGCACCUAGCUCCCGGAUCGGCUCUGACCCUUACCUGGGGCAGCGUCUGGACAGCGAUGCUACUGCCCGCCCCCAGCCCGAGGACACACUCACCUUCGAGGAGGCCGUGGCCACCAACUCUGGCCGUUCCUCUCGGACUUCCUAUGUGUCUUCCCUGACCUCGCAGUCCCACCCUCUCCGCCGCGUACCCAAUGGCUACCACUGCACCCUGGGACUCAGCUCGGGCGGGCGGGCACGGCACAGCUACCACCACCCUGACCAAGACCACUGGUGCUAGCUGCACUGCUCAGUGGCACAUUCCAGUGGAUGAGUUUUAUCAUCCAUGCUGGGUUCCAGGCUGCUCAGGGGUGCCAAGUCCAGGGCUGCAGACCUCAGCUGCUGGCUGGAGACCCCUCUGCUCUGCUUUCCUCUUGGCACCAGCUGGAUGAGUAA